CUAGAUCUUCCCCCCUCGGUUUGGUCGCGAUUCGGUCCUGAUCCCAUCCUGGAGAUCUGACCCUAGAUCUGGUCUUGGAUGAACCUGGAUCUGGUCCUGAACCUGGUCCUGGACCUCGGCCUAAAUGUGGUCCCAAAUCUGGUCUUGGAUCUGGUCCUGGAGCUGGUCUUGGAUUUGGCAAUUGAUCUGGUCCUGGAGCUGUUCCUGGAUUUGGUCGUGAAGCUGAUCCUGUAUCUGGUCCCAAAUCCGGUCUUGGAUCUGGUCCUGGAGCUGGUCUUGGAUUUGGCAAUUCAUCUGGUCCUGGAGCUGUUCCUGGAUUUGGUCGUGAAGCUGAUCCUGUAUCUGGUCCCAAAUCUGGUCUUGGAUCUGGUCCUGGAGCUGGUCUUGGAUUUGGCAAUUCAUCUGGUCCUGGAGCUGUUCCUGGAUUUGGUCGUGAAGCUGAUCCUGUAUCUGGUCCCGAAUCCGGUCUUGGAUCUGGUCCUUGAUCUGUUCCUGGAUCUCGUGUAUCUGGUCUGGAUCGGGUUCUGUAUCUGGUCCUGUAUCUGGUCUUGGAUGUCCUACUGUGCACCAUCUAAUCCGUCAGCAGAGAGCAGCCGACACAUGAUAGCAUAUAAUGCAUUCUUUUUGCAAAACCCUUCUCCUCUUGUAUCUGGUCUUGUAUCUGGUCCUGUACCUGGUCCUGCAUCUGGUUCUGUAUCUGCUACAGCAUGCAUGGUUGCUUCAUCUGUGGAACCCAGACAGCUAUAGCAUGCAUGCUCUGCUCAUCUUGCUAUGUGCUCCUGAUGAACUACACUUGCUACUGUCUUCACCCGAGUACAAUGUAUGGUCAUUAUAGCUGUAUUUGGGGCAACUUUGAGUCUAGAUACAGCAAUAGUGACGGUACGUUGUAUUCGGGUGAAGACGGUAGGGUAUAGCAAAGCCAGGAAGGUCUUUAGCAGGAGCCGAAGUUGAGUAGCUGCCAUUGUCACAGUGGUGACGAGUAGCUGAUUCACCCAAAUAGAAUGCCGGGUCAUUAUCGCUGCAUCAGGACUGACAGUUGACCCAAAUGCAGGUAUAAUGACUGGGCGUUCUAUUCGGGUGAAGACUGUAGCUGAUUCAGCACGCAAGAUCAAUAGGGGUCCUUGGCAGCAGAGCACGUCGAGUGGGAGCGGCUGCGAUUGACUGAUGAUGAUAAUCAGCUGGCUUCACAUGGAGAAUUUACUGCACAGAAGUUGAGCAUACCGCUUCACUAUCUGGACCGAAAGUCGACCCAAAGACAGGUAGCGGGUAUCGCAAGCAGUAGCACUUGCAUGAACUCAUACUCAUCUGGACUGAGAGUCAACCCAAAUACAGGUAUAAUGACGGGACGUUCUAUUCGGGCAUACUAUUUACGACAAGAUCAGUACCACUUGCCUGUACUCGUACUCAUCUGGACUGAGAGUCGACCCAAAUAAAGGUAUAAUGACUGGGCGUUCUAUUUACGACAAGACGAGUACGAGUACAGGCAGGUGGUACUGCUUGCGAUACCCGCUACACACCUUUCCCUAAAUAACAAAAGAGUUGAAAAGAC